AUGGACGUCUCAAGCAACCGACUCUUCCGUUUCUCCAAGCCAGAGUGGCUCAACAACUCCGCCGUCCGCAAUGGCGGUGUCUACGUCGCAGGCGCACUGUUCGCAGCAGGCUUCUUCUUCCUGAUCGAUGUCGCGACAUUCUCUCAUAGCCCGCGCAAUGGCUCAAACGUGCAUAUCAAAUUCGUCGACUGGAUCCCCGGUAUCUGCUCCGCGUUAGGCAUGCUGGUUAUCAACUCGAUCGAGAAGAGCCGGUUGCAGGCUGAUAGCUUUAGUUACAGCGGGAGCGGAGUUGCUUGGAAGGCGCGGUUUGUGUUGUUUUUGGGCUUUGCAUUGCUUGCCGGCGGGCUGGCGGGUAGUGUGACUGUUAUGGUUCUCAAGUACCUCAUUAAGGAUUAUCCUAUCCAAACGCUGUACUUUGGUAUUGCGAAUAUUGUGGCGAACGGUCUUGUUAUGCUGAGCUCAAUCGUUCUUUGGGUCGCGCAGAACAUCGAGGACGACUACACUUACAACCUUGCACUGUGA